AUGAAACGUAAGCAGUUGAUUAACGAUGAAAACAAUGAAGAUCUAACAAAAGUUUUUGGUCGAGCUGUAAUUGCAUUAGCUGUCAAUGAUGAACAAUCUGAAGAAAACAAAAAAUUCAUUCUUGAUACGAGUAAAAUUUUAUAUCAGUCGUGUAAGGAUGCUAAUCAAGAUGUUGAUUUAAAAUCUGAUGGAUAUCAUUUAUCAGAAUUGCUGGAAUUAUUACAUCGUGCUUUUACAAAUACAUACGUCAUAAAAUAUAUUCUAGAGGAUAUGAACAAUGAAAAAUCAACAGUAAUACAAUACUUUGCAGAACUUUUUUUAUCGUUUUAUGGAGUUCUACUAGAUCCAGAACCAGAUGAACUCGAGAAACGUGCUGUCAAAUAUUUAGUUAAAAUUCUAUUACAGAUUUCUAGUUAUCCAGAAUAUCUUAAAGAAUUAAUUGAGAAUAAUCAGUUUUAUAUAAUCAUUCAAAGUCUUGCUAAUCGUUCACAACGAGAUGAUGUCAAACGUAUUUGGUGUAAUAUUCAACAAAUUAUGAUACCAAAUGUACCGAAAAAAGAAAUGUCAUCAAUGAUCUACAUUAGCUAUGAUUAUACUGACGAAGAAUUUUGUAGAGAAUUUGUAAAAGAAUUACGUAAAAAAUCAACAAUACCAAUUUGGGUCGAUUAUGAAAAUGUUGAAUUGUGUGAUGGUAUGUGGGAAUACGUAUCUUCAACAAUUCUAUCAGCAACAGUGGUUAUUAUUUUGGUAUCAACAGCCUAUGUUGAAAGUACUGAUAAAUUUCAAGAAUUAUCUUACAUAAUCUCUACUAAUAAAUCAAGAGAUGAAAACAAAGGCUUAAUCGUUGUUACAAUUGAGCCUAAUUUUAGUUUUAAACGCUCUUGGAUGAAAGAUUUAUUACAUGAUAAGAUUGUGGUUCCUUAUGAUAAUCAUAUUGGACAUCUAGUUUCAAAUGUAUGCGAGCAGAUUUUUGUGUCGAAGAAAUCGUUAAUUAAAAGUCUACGAUGUCAAGUCAAAAAUGUACGAAAAAAAACAGUUCAAUCUGAUGAUUUUACAGAAAAUUUUGAACGUAGUCCAACUCCCACAAUAGCCUAUGUUCCAAAGGAAUCUUCAAAUAAUAUUAAUGUCUUAGUUACAACAAAAAAACGUAGUACAAAUUGCAUUGCUGCUGGUCUAAUGACAGAAACCGGAUCCGCCGGUGAUUUAACUUGGAUGUGA